AUCACACUUGAGGGCAAAGAGGUUAGGCAAGGCGGCAUGGCGCUCCGGUCAAUAAAAUCGAUAGCUGGAAGCUGCCUGUGUUUCAGGCAAAGGCGGUGCAGUAGCGGCGCCGCCAUUUUCCCCGAAGGCAUCUUCCGGUGCCUCUCACCCAAGUUCGGGCUAGAGUUUCCUGAAUAACAGCGAAAGGUUUCCGUUAGCCCCGGUGGCGGCCGAUUCCUGUUCCCUCCUGGUCUCCCCAGGCACGCUCCGCCCGGGUCCGGCUUGGGCUCCCAAAUCCCGGGGCCCGCCAGCGCCCAGCGGCCAAGGCCGGGACCGGGAAAGCCGUGGCGCCGGCUUGUCUGGUCCAAUGGCGCGGCCUUCGGCUCCGCUCCCCGCGCGGGGACCAGGAGAGGCCGGACCCGGCCGGAGAAGGGGAAGGAGGCCGAGGGCGGUGAAGUUCGGGGACGUGGCCGUGUACUUCUCCCCGGAGGAGUGGGAGUGUCUGCGGCCCGCGCAGAGGGCCCUGUACCGGGACGUGAUGCAGGAGACCUACGGCCACCUGGGCGCGCUCGGGUGCGCAGGUCCCAAACCAGCCCUCAUCUCCUGGUUGGAACGAAAUACCGAUGAUUGGGAACCGGCUGCUCUGGAUCCACAGGAGUGCCCAAGGGGGGUAACAGUCCAAAGAAAAACCAGAACCAGAAAGAAGAAUGAAGAGAAGGAAGUAUUCCCGCCUAAGGAGGCACCCCGAAAGGGGAAGCGAGGCCGCCGGCCCAGCAAACCCCGCCUGAUCCCCAGGCAGACAUCCGGAGGUCCCAUCUGCCCUGACUGUGGUUGUACCUUUCCUGAUCACCCGGCCCUGCAGAGCCACAAGUGUGCCCAGAAUCUGAAAAAGCCUUACCCUUGCCCAGACUGUGGGCGCCGCUUUUCCUACCCAUCCCUGCUGGUCAGUCACCGGCGGGCACACUCUGGGGAGUGUCCCUAUGUUUGUGACCAGUGUGGCAAGCGGUUCUCCCAGCGCAAGAACCUCUCCCAGCACCAGGUUAUCCACACAGGCGAGAAGCCCUACCAUUGUCCUGACUGUGGCCGCUGCUUCCGGAGGAGCAGGUCCUUGGCCAAUCACCGGACCACACACACGGGUGAAAAACCCCACCAGUGCCCCAGCUGCGGGCGUCGCUUCGCCUACCCCUCCCUGCUCGCCAUCCACCAGCGCACACACACCGGAGAGAAGCCCUACACCUGCCUGGAAUGCAACCGGCGCUUCCGCCAGCGCACCGCCCUGGUCAUCCACCAGCGCAUCCACACGGGCGAGAAGCCCUACCCGUGCCCGGACUGCGAGCGGCGCUUCUCCUCCUCCUCUCGCCUGGUCAGUCACCGGCGGGUGCACUCCGGAGAGCGUCCCUACGCCUGCGAGCACUGCGAGGCCCGCUUCUCCCAGCGUAGCACGCUGCUCCAGCACCAGCUCUUGCACACGGGAGAGAAGCCCUACCCCUGCCCGGACUGCGGACGUGCCUUCCGGCGGAGCGGUUCCCUCGCCAUACAUCGCAGCACGCACACCGAGGAGAAACUGCACGCAUGUGACGACUGUGGCCGCCGCUUCGCCUACCCCUCACUGCUGGCCAGUCACCGGCGCGUCCACUCGGGCGAGCGGCCCUAUGCCUGCGACCUGUGCUCCAAGCGGUUUGCCCAGUGGAGCCACCUGGCUCAGCACCAGCUCCUGCACACUGGGGAGAAGCCCUUCCCCUGCCUCGAGUGUGGCCGUUGCUUCCGCCAGAGGUGGUCUCUGGCCGUCCACAAGUGUAGCCCCGGGGUCCAGAACUGUAGCCCUAGAUCUGCUAUAGGGGCGCCUAGCCAGAAAGGCAACGCCCUUGGGCCGGAGACCGGCUUGCGGAUCCCGCUGCCGGGAGGCGCGAAGGAGACCUCCACAAACGCCGAGAUCGUUGGUGGGUUCCAGAUCCCGCCUACAGAGACUUCCGGGCGAAAACACCCCGCCAGUCCCGCCUCGCGGCACAGCCGCUUCCUGUUGUCGCGGCCAAUCACCGGCCGCUGUGCAACGCGUCCAGCGGCAGUGCUGGAAGCCGCGGGCACGUCCAUCUUUCCUGAUGGCAGAAAAGCUCCCCUCGGCUCCCACCCGUUAAAACUCACCUGCACGGCCAUUCCAACCCUGCUACUUCGGUUCCCUCGGCUGAGUUCGGAGGCCAAGACUGGGCGGGGCCCCGGGCUCGGGAGCCCUUCCUGUGGACGACGAGAGCUGAGGCCAGGCGCGGGGAGCAGGCGGCCGCUGCUCGGGGCUGGAGGCCUCAUGGCGCAGCCCCCGGCCCCGCUCCUGGUGCUGAGACCGGGGGAGACCGGGCCUGGUUGCAAGAAGCCUGCGGCCGUGAGCUUCUCGGACGUGGCCGUGUACUUCUCCCUGGAGGAGUGGGGGUGUCUGCGGCCCGCGCAGAGAGCCCUGUACCGGGACGUGAUGCGGGAGACCUACGGCCACCUGGGCGCGCUCGGAUUCCCAGGCCCCAAACCAGCCCUUAUCUCUUGGAUGGAACAGGAGAGUGAGGCUUGGAACCCCGCCGCCCAGGAUCCUGAGGAGGGGGAAAGCCUGGGAGGAGCUCUGAGAGGAGAUGCCCCAAACAAAAAGGAAGAGGAACCCGAGACAGGGCCAGGAGCCAAAGGAUCAAAAAAGACUCCUAGGAAGGAGAGGCCUGAAGAGCUGGUUAAAAACAACCUUGACUCAACCAUCAGCAAAACCUCGGCAAGAGCACAGCCACCCAGGAAAGCUGCCUGUGACCAGAGCACAGGUGCACAGCCCCCGGUCCUGGUCCCCAGCGUAGAUGCUCAGGCCAGCCAGCGGCGCCAUGUAUGUGCAGACUGCGGCCGCCGCUUCACCUAUCCCUCGCUGCUGGUCAGCCACCGGCGCAUGCAUUCGGGUGAGCGGCCCUUCCCCUGCCCCGAGUGUGGCAUGCGCUUCAAGAGGAAGUUUGCUGUGGAAGCGCAUCAGUGGAUCCACCGCUCCUGCUCUGGGGGCCGGCGGGGCCGGAGGCCCGGAAUCCGGGCUGUGCCUCGGGCCCCGGUCCGAGGUGACCGGGACCCACCGGUGCUGUUCCGGCACUACCCGGACAUCUUUGAAGAGUGCGGGUGAGCGGCUCCCGCUGGCUGGGCUUGAGCCUGACCUCAGUGCUAAGGACUAAGUGGGCCCUGAGGGAGGCUCCUGAGUCAGGGAUUUGGGACCCAAAAUUCAUCCCUUGGUUUUCCCUCAAGGAUCCCUCUAGUUUCCAAACUUGUAAAAAGAAAAGUGCCUGUAAAGAUUCAAAGAGAUUAAACUUGACACCUCCUCUCCCUAGUCUUUC